UGUUUUGCUUUCUCAGAUAAAAUGCAUGUGUCAUUAGCUGAAGCCCUGGAAGUUCGGGGUGGACCACUACAGGAAGAAGAAAUAUGGGCUGUGCUGAAUCAAAGUGCUGAAAGCCUUCAAGAGUUACUCCGAAAAGCUGAUCCAAUUGCUCUGGGCUUUCUCAUAUCUCCGUGGUCUCUUCUGCUGCUUCCAUCUGGCAGCGUAUCUUUUACAGAUAAAAAUAUUUCUAAUCAAGAUCUGCAAGCAUUCACAGAACCAGAAGUUCUCAAAAAUCAGUCAUUCUCAUCUGUUUCUGAUGUUGAAAAGAUCCACAUUUAUUCUCUUGGGAUGACACUUUAUUGGGGAGCUGACUAUGAUGUUCCAGAAAGCCAGCCAAUCAAACUUGGAGAUCAUCUGAACAGCAUUCUCCUUGGUAUGUGUGAAGAUACUGUUUAUGCUCGUGUAUCUAUACGGACCGUUCUUGACGCCUGCAGUGCUCACAUACGGAACAGCAACUGUGCACCUUCUUUCUCAUAUGUGAAACAAUUAGUCAAACUGGUUCUGGGGAGUUUGCCUGGGGUAGACCAGCUUCCUUGCACAGGGGACAAAAAACUUCACACAGACAAGAGCCAGGCCAUUCGAGAGAGGCUGAGAGGAAAACGGCUUCCCACAGGAAGAAUGACUGAUGCAGCAGCUGGUUACCAGGCCCCAUUUUCUCAACAAACCGUGCUUAACAAAGGGCUUAGUAAGUCAUUGGAGUUCCUGUCAAUCAGUGACUCACGAGGUGAAAAGGAGCUUUCUCAAAAUAUUGCGUCUGAUUACAAUUCUGGCCAUGAAGACAGUACAGAUACUUGCUGUCCUUACCGAUUCAGAGCUUCCAACCUGGAAAAGAAAGCCAACAGUGAUCCCAAACGCAAAGUAUGGGCUUCUUCCUCUGAUCUGUUGUGCACAACUCACAAAGUCACAGAGGGAGACUAUGCCGCAGAUUCUCAUAAGCACCAUCAUCAAGGCGGAACCAUUUCAGGGCGGACUUCAGGAGCUCUCAGAAACAAAGAAAGCAGAUAUUCUGAUGGGAGCAUAGCCCUGGAUAUAUUUGGCCCUCAAAAACUUGACCAAGUGCUUCAUGUAUCAGAGACCUCAACAUCAGCAGCCUUAUUAUGUGCCUUUGACAGGAUCAAAGAGAAGCAGAAGAAAUUGCAGUUGCUGAGAGAAGCCAUGAAUGUAGAAGAGCACGUACGAAAAUAUAAAUCUUACCAUAGUGAUGUAUGCAGCACUGACAGUGAGGGCCCAUCAUUCAUUUCUUCAGAGACAGAUUUUAGACAAGUGAGGAGAUAUGAAGCUCUAAAAGAUGAAUCCAGUGUUUCCUCCUUAAGAAUAGAUGAUACCUCUUCAUCAGGUCAAAAACAAGGACAAAGAUCAAGGCAGUAUGAAGCAACUCCUGAAGACAACCUGUUGAGCCAAGAAGUAAUGUUGAAGCGCCAGGAGGAGGAGAUGAUGCAACUGCAAGCUAAAAUGGCUCUCCGGCAGUCUCGGCUCAGCCUCUAUCCUGGAGACAUAGUGCGGCCGAGUGUGCUUGAUAUGACAAAGGAUCCACUUAGAGAAAUUGCUUUGGAAACAGCUAUGACACAAAGGAAGCUAAGGAAUUUCUUUGGUCCUGAGUUUGUAAAAACGACCAUUGAACCCUUUACCUCCUUGGAUCUGCCAAAAUCAAUUCUGAACAAGAAAGGGAAGAAUGAAGACAAUCGCCGGAAAGUCAACAUCAUACUUUUAAGUGGCCAAAGAUUAGAAUUGACUUGUGAUACUAAGACCUUAUGCAAAGAUGUAUUUGAUAUGGUAGUUGCCCAUAUUGGUUUAAUGGAGCAUCACUUGUUUGGAUUAGCUUCUUUAAAAGAAAACGAGUAUUUCUUCAUCGAUCCAGAGCUGAAGCUAACUAAAGUAGCUCCUGAUGGCUGGAAAGAAGAAUCCAAGAAAAGGAACAAAAACACAGUAAACUUUGUCUUGUACUUCCGGAUUAAGUUCUUUGUGGAUGAUAUUAGUCUCAUUCAGCACACAUUGACAUAUCAUCAGUAUUACGAUGUCAAUUCCUUUCUAGAAGAACUUCUCUUCCAUGUAACACUACUACUUUGUCGGAAUAACGACCGGAGGAACCGGGAGGUACAUGGCUUAUCCUACUUCAGAACAGAAUACUAUUUGCCGGCAAGAGUGAUAGAGAAUCUGGAGCUACCCAAUGUGAAAGAAGAAUUGCCAAAGCUGCAUAGCACCUAUGCAGGUGCUUCUGAAAAAGAAGCUGAAAUAGAAUUUCUGAAGAUUUGCCAAAGACUGACAAAUUAUGGUGUACAUUUUCAUCGGGUGUUGCCAGAGAAAAAAUCUCAGACCGGAAUUCUGCUGGGAGUUUGCUCCAAAGGAGUUAUCAUUUUUGAAGUUCACAACGGUGCCCGAAUGCCUGUCCUUCGUUUCCCGUGGAGAGAAACAAAGAAAAUUUCCUUCAGUAAAAGAAAGAUAACACUGCAGAACAAUUCGGAUGGUAUAAAGCACACGUUCCAAACAGAUACAACCAAGACCUGCCAAUACUUGUUACAGGUCUGCUCUGCACAGCACAAAUUCCAGCUCCAGAUGAAAGCCAGGCAGAGCAACCAGGAUGCUCAGGAAAUUGAAAGAGCAUCCCUUAGGAGUCUCAGCCUCCACCCUGAUUCCGUGAAAGGAUUUAACAUGGGACGUGCCAUCAGUACCAACAGCCUGGCCAGCAGCACGUUGAACAGGCUUGCUGUCCGGCCAUCGACAGUACAAGCAGAGAUUCUCAAAAGACUCUCCUAUUCAGAAUUGUCCCUUUUCCAGCCUGCCCAAGGAUAUUCCAGAGACAAAAACGAGAAGACGUCAUGGGAGGAAAGACCCAAAAUUAUGAGCAAAUCUUUCCAUGACUUGACACAGAGUCAGGUGUUGGUCAGCCCCGUUCGGAAAACUUUUGCCGCCUCUGGGAACUCCUCAUCACGGAAAAUGGAGGAAUUGAUGGAGAAGAUCUUUCAAACAGCGCCAAAAUCUAAUACCGAAUCAGUGGUUGGAGGAGCAAAACUCAACAAUUCAGACUCCCAUGCAGGUUUAAAUGCCAGCCUAGAAAGAAAGAAAAAUGAAUUUGACUCUUCAUCCACAGAAGAUACAGACCAAGCCUUUGUAAUAGAUGGUCUCCAAACAGAGAAGAAUAUAGUGUCUUUACCAGAAAGGGAGGUCAACUUGAUCAACUUGAAAAAAGAUGAAAAAUAUGGCUUAGGGUUUGAGAUAACUGGUGGCGAGAAGACUGGAAAAUUUGAUCUUGGAAUUUUUAUCCAAUCAGUAACUCCUGGGGGACCAGCUGAUUUGCAAGGAUCAUUAAAACCAGGAGAUCGUCUGAUUUCAGUAAACAGUGUGAGUUUGGAAGGGGUCAGCCAUCUUGCAGCUUUAGAAAUUAUUGAGCAUGCUCCAGAAAAUGUGACCCUUGUCGUUUCUCAGCCUAAGGAUGGAUCAGUUAAAGGAACGUCCAGUCUCCUAAGAAAGGGAUGCUUUAAAAAGACUUCCUUGAGGGCAGACCAUGAGGCUGAGUCCUCUUCAGAGGAACAGAACUGGCCAGUAAGUCACUGGAGACCCAACUCUGGAAGUGUAUCUGGUAUUUGCUCAAGCAAAUGGGGUGGGAGUCUCAGCUCCCAAGACUCCAGGACCGAGAGUGCUAGCCUGUCCCAAACCAACCACAGCCUUGGCCACCAUAUCAAUGACCAGCAGGAAUUGCAGCAUUGCAGUAAUCCUCUCCUGGGCCCUCCCAAAUGCGGUGAAAAGAAUGGAUCUUCUUCAGAGACCAACCUGAUCAAAACCAAACUGACUGGCAUGGCAGAGACCCCCGACUAUUCUGACCGAGGGGAUUCUGACAUGGAUGAAGCCACUUACUCCAGCAGUCAGGAGCAAACCGCAUUGAAAAGGGAAGCUUCCUUGGUGAAUUUCUGCAGCUCCAUGAAUUCUAAAAUAUCUCUUAAACCUGGAGAUAUCUUUGAAGUCAGACUGGCCAAAAAUGAGAACGGCUUGGGCAUAAGUGUUACGGUACUGUUUGACAAGGGUGGCGUGAACACCAAUGUGAAGUAUGGAGGACUUUAUGUAAAGGCAAUCAUUCCUAAGGGAGCAGCCGAAGCUGAUGGUAGGAUUCAGAAAGGUGACCGAGUGCUUUCUGUUAAUGGGAUCACACUGGAAGGAGCAACACAUAAACAAGCUGUGGAAAUCAUGAGAAACACUGGCCAGGAGGUCCAUCUAGUACUAGAAAAGGGGCAGCUUCCAGCAGCCAGAGUCCAAGCUCCCACAACAUCACAGUGCACACCUACAAACAAACCCAGUCAUAGUGUCCUCCUGGAGAAGCCUGUGAAGAAGACUUCAUGUACCAGAGAAUACAACUUUGUCACUGAUGACAAUACAUUCGAGGUGAAACUCGUGAAAAACAGUUCUGGGCUAGGCUUCAGUUUCUGCCGUGAAGAUAGCGUCUCCCCAGAACAGCCGGGUUCCAGUAUAGUCAGGGUGAAAAAACUCUUUCCGGGACAACCAGCUGCAGAGAGUGGGCAGAUUGAAGUUGGAGAUGUCAUCCUGAAAGUCAACGGUUCUUCUCUAAAAGGGUUAUCUCAGCAGGAAGUCAUCUCGGCUCUCAGGGGAACUUCCCCUGAAGUCACCCUUCUCCUCUGCAGGCCACUUCCUGGAAUUUUACCAGAGAUUGAUCCUACGUUAUUGACACCCAUCCAUUCCCCACCACAAAUAUUCCCCAAAGUGGGCAAAGGAAACCUACCGCCCCCUAAUGGAGAACAAGAUGAUAGUUCUGAUGAAAACGAAGCCAUUGACCAGAACAAGGUCAGGUCUCCUUCUCGGAGAGACAGCUACAGUGACAGCAGUGGGAGCGGAGGGGACGAAAUCAUCGCAAAUGCAGCCAGCCCAAAGUGGAAUUCUGCUUUGUAUCAAACCCCAAGCAAGUCAGCAGCUCAAGCACCUAGUCCUUAUGAGACAUCCAGCAAGCAAAGGGAAGCAAUCCACACAGCAUUUUGCCCCCCUCUUGAAUCAUCUAGGAAGCAAGACAUGGAGAACAGCAACCCUCCAUCACCUCUGCUAAUGGAGUUGUCACCAAUAUCAAACCAAAGAACCAUCCCACUUAAUUUUACAGAAGAAAAAUUCAACUCUUCUCUCUCUGACUUCACAUCUCCACAAGGCAGACUGGCGCCGCUUUUCAGUCAGCUUGAAAAACAUGCAGAUGAAUAUGAACCAGAAGUGGAACUCCAUGUAGUUCUAACUAAAUCUGAGAAAGGUAGCCUUGGCUUCACAGUGACAAAAGGCAGUGAUAAUAUCGGCUGUUACAUCCAUGAUGUAGUACAAGAUCCUGCCAAAAGCGAUGGGCGGUUGCGACCUGGAGAUCGUCUAAUCAAAAGAAAGGAAUUUGGAGGGAACAGAGGUAUUUCCCUUGCAGGUGGCCAUGAUAGUCUUUAUCAGGUGUUAUACAUUAGCGAUAUCAGUCCCAAAUCUGCUGCAGCCAUGGAGGGAACACUCCACAUUCUGGAUGUCAUCCAUUAUAUUAAUGGGAUCAGCAGUCAGGGAAUGACCUUGAAAGAAGCCAAGAGGGCGUUGGAAAUAGCUCUUCCAAAUGUGAUCCUGAAAGCAACAAGAGAUGGCCACCCAGUGUUUCCAAAAGCUAAAGAACAUGAAUUCAUUGGUCUGAAGUCAGUCAAACAGAAUGGACAUUUUCAGGGAGAGCAUUGUAGCAAAACAGAAAAGGGACCUCAUCAUUGCAAAAUUAAUGGCGAAACAAAUAACAGUCUUCAACUGACAAGUCUAACCCAGGAUCCCAUCUCUAAAGAAAUGCCUCCAAGUGAUACCACUGUUCAGGUCUCAGAUUUUCUCAAAUACAACAACCACAAAG